AUGUAAUCCUAUUCACUUAUUAAAAAAUUAGGUACAACAUUAAAAAAAAUAAUGACCUUAUAGUAAUAAAAUAAUGUUGAAUCAGAUUAUUUAUUAUGGUUUAAGAAGGAAGAUAAAUAUAUCAUAACUGAAUUAGGCAUUAAAAUAGAAACAUUUUAAUUUUUAAGAUUUUCUCUCAAUUAAUCUAAUGAUAAAAAUAUUGAUGAAUUGAAAUGUUUCAAAGAUAAAUAUGGAUAAUUCAAAGAAAUUAAAGCAUUUAAAGGUUAAAAUGAGCCAAUUAUUUUGCAGAUAAAACACAAUAAUUUUAUCAUUAUACAUCUUAGAGAAAAGUAUUAAUAUAUUUAUCAUAUUUCACUUGAUAAAGAAAAUAAUCCUAAAUUAGUUUUCUAAGGAAAACAUAAUAUUAAAGCAAAAAUAUUAGUUGAUAAAUAUUUAGAACUAUUUUAUGUAGUUUACUAAAGUGAAGACUAAUUUCUAAUAUAGAUCUAUCAAAUUAAUGAUGACUUGUAAAAAGUAGAAAAACUAAAACAAUCUCAAUAUCCACUUAAUAAUAAUAACUUUAUCAAUCAAAUUGAUUAUAUUACUCUUUACAAUAAAGAGAUUUUAUUAUUAUUUAGAUAAAGGACUGCAGUUAUAUUUUACUAAAACUUGAGUACCUAUCAAAUUGUUAGUUUGUAAAAAUAAAAGAAAUUAUUUUAUUACACUCAAUUCUUAUAUACUGAUACAGUAUUAUUGAUGAUUGAAACAGAAAACAAUGAGUUAAUUUUAUUUUAGAAUAAGCAAAAUGCUAUUCAUAAUUUGAACAUCAAUUUUUAAAUUAGCUUAAAUAAAAUCCAAAUGCUCUCUUUGGAAUCAAUAUAGAAAAUAUUUCUCCUUGAUUUGAUAUAGGAUUUGCCUAAUCUCUAAGAAUUUUGCUUUUGGGAUUCUAAUGAUUAUGAAGUAGUAAAAUUGUUAAUCAUUGGAUCUCAACAAACAGAGGAAGCAACAUCAGCAAUUAUUUAUUGCCUAAAAUACAAACCUGUUUUUGUUAUAGGAAUUAUCAAAUAUUUAGAAUAUUAUUGCUUUCUAAUAGAUUAAGAUUUUAAAUAACUUAUCAAUUCAGUUUUUGAAUUAAUACCUGGUUAUCUGAUUAAUAAUCUUACUUAUGAAAUUGCUCACUAUCCUAAUUACAUAAAUUAUCUAAAAUAAUAUAAUAUUAUUUAUAGUAAAAAUUUAACAGAUUCUUAGCAGAUAUGGUGUAUGCUUUGUAAUAUGACUGAUAAUAAAUGUUUAAAAUUUUGA